ACACAGAGAGUGAGGAGGAGCAACGCCGCCAGCAACGCUUUCCCCUUUCCUCAGGCGCUGAGUGAUCGCCCCGCCCCGCGUGGUGGGGUCUGUGUGGGUGUUUGCGCGCGCGCACGUGCACUCUGCGCCUUGGCCGCGUGUGUCUGCUCGGUCUCUGGCGACGCGCCCUCCCAUGGAGGAGGGAAGCGAGUGUCGCGUGCGGACGCGGGCGUAUAAAUCUCCCGCGCCCGGCGCUGGCGCGGGAUUUCCGGAGGAUUUGCUCGUCAUGGCUUUCCCACCCCCGAAGGAAGGUAUUGGAAGGACCACCAAAGACUGCUGGGACAGCUCCGAGGUUCCAGCCCUCACUACGUGCAGUAAUGCAGAUAUUUUCCGACGAAUAAACGCCAUGCUGGAUAACUCCCUUGACUUCAGCGGAGUCUGCACAACACCCAUCACCAAAGAAAAGAGGGAGCUGCUAUCAGACUUCCAGGACUCCGAGGGAGCCACUGCGAGCAGGAUGCUUUUCCCACCUUCGGCACAGGAGUCUCCGCGGGGCCUCCCGGACGCCAACGACCUGUGCCUUGGACUGCAGUCCCUAAGCCUGCCAGGGUGGGACAGGCCAUGGAGCACCCAGGAUUUGGAUGCUGCAGCCCAGCCCAGCACGCAGUCGGUUCUUAACAUGCUUGGCAAUCCCCUGGGGAAGCCCCCUUUGGGUUUCCUGCCUCUGGACCCCAUUGGCUCCGAGCUGACGGAGAACCUUCCAACCCCAACUCUGAGGAGCUCCCGCCUGGACAGCAGCCGUUCACUCCUGUACUCGCGCUCUAGCAGUCCCUCAGACUCGGAUACCAGUGGAUUCAGCUCUGGCUCGGACCACCUUUCAGACUUGAUUUCAAGCCUCCGUAUCUCCCCGCCUCUGCCCUACCUGCCUAUUAGUGGUAUUACCCGAGAUUCCCUCAAUGGAGCAGGGUCCCACCUGGAUCAAGAUCAAGCUACCUUGGCUGCAGUCACUUCCACCCCAGCCAGCAUGCCCAAGCAGUGGCCAGGAGCAUCCGCAUGGCCUUCCUGGAGCCUGCCUGACUCCCCAGAAGACCCCUUCAGCAUUGAGAGGGAAGCCAGACUUCACAAACAGGCUGCAGCCGUGAAUGAAGCGACGUGCACCUGGAGUGGGCAGCUCCCUCCCCGAAACUACAAGAAUCCAAUCUACUCGUGUAAGGUGUUCUUGGGAGGAGUUCCUUGGGAUAUCACUGAAGCGGGUCUGAUCAGCACCUUCCGUGUGUUUGGCUCGCUGAGAGUGGAGUGGCCUGGUAAGGAUAGCAAGCACCCCCGCUGCCCUCCCAAAGGUAAUAUGCCUAAAGGCUAUGCCUACCUGGUGUUUGAGUCGGAGAAAUCUGUGCGUGCGUUGCUCCAGAAUUGUUCCCGUGAUGUGUUGAGCCCCAGUGGCCUGAGUGAGUACUAUUUCAAGAUGUCCAGCCGAAGGAUGCGCUGCAAAGAGGUACAGGUGAUCCCAUGGGUCCUAGCAGACAGCAACUUCGUGCGCAGCCCAACUCAGAGACUUGACCCUGGCAAAACGGUCUUUGUGGGAGCCCUUCAUGGGAUGUUGAAUGCAGAGGCCUUGGCAGGGAUCCUCAAUGACCUGUUCGGUGGUGUGGUGUAUGCCGGUAUUGACACAGACAAGCACAAGUAUCCUAUUGGAUCUGGCCGUGUCACCUUCAACAACCAGCGUAGCUACUUGAAAGCAGUGAGUGCUGCAUUUGUGGAGAUCAAGACAACCAAGUUCACAAAAAAGGUUCAGAUUGAUCCCUAUCUAGAAGAUGCCAUGUGUCAAGUCUGCCGGUCUCAACCAGGCCCUUUCUUCUGCAGAGACCAGGUCUGCUUCAAGUACUUCUGCCGCUCCUGCUGGCACUGGAAACAUUCCAUGGAGAUCCUGCAUCACCACCGCCCACUGAUGCGCAACCAGAAGAACAGAGACUCCAGCUAGAGCCCACCACAGGGACAGCAGAAGCUGCUGCCGUUGCAGAGGAAAGCUCUUCUGUUUACCUGCCACGGUGCCAGGCCCAGGCUGGGGGAUGCCCGUCUGAAGGACUAACGGGGAAUCUUGCCUUCACGUUUGCACUUGCUGGUCUUUAUUUGUUUCUGCACUAAUGCACAGUGAAUUUUUGUCGGGGUUUGUUUGGGGGUUUUUGAGAGGGGAGGGCCCCUCAAGCGAUUCUGCAGUUCCCAGACUUUGGCGCCUUGUUGCUGACGAGAAGCAUCAAGGGCCAUGUGUUGAGAAGGUGUUUAAUGUAGAUGCCUUCGCCUCGGUUUCUUAUUUAUCAAGGGCCCUUUUUUACAUUCCUUGCAAUACUGAUGGUAAUAAUGCAGGUCUCAUUGGCUCCAUUCUUUUGCAGUUGCCAUACAGUGCCUUUCCAUUCAUUUAAACCCCCCCCAUCUGAACGGAAUAAACUGGAAGUUCAGCUGGUGUUUUUUACUGUAACAACAAGGAGACUUUGUUCUUCACUUAAACCAAAUCAUAUUUCAUAUUUUACGCUCCAGGAUUUUUACCAGUUCCUUUUUACACUCUUGAAAUGGUUUUUAAGUCGUUUGAGACGAGAUUUUUUUCUUUCCUGGCAGCUUUUAACAUCAUUGCAACUUGUGUCUGGGAGCUGUUAGUUUAAAUAAUAAUUAAAAAAAAGUUUCCCAGUUGUGAAUAGUAGUAUUUGCAACCAAGGAUAGGAUUUUUGGAUUUUGAAACCGGACCGGAUAAACGAUCUUUGAGCUGCUGUAUAUAGUUUGUUGCACUUUAAGUUGCACUUAAUGGGGGCUUGAUAAAGGUUUUUAAUUACAAAGUCACAAGACUUCAAUUUUCUUUUUAUAACUGAGCUGAUAGAGGGCUGUGCUUUGGUAAGGCAGGGAAAGGGUUCCUCGGAGCCCUUUCUGUUCAGAAGGGAGAGAAUUACCCUUAAGGAUGUACCAAGUAUUAGCACAGCCCCACAGAUUGUGCUGGGAGUUGAAGUUCUGAUUUUGUUUUAUUUUUUUCCCCUCUAUUGGAAGCUGUGUGCCAAAGAACCAGAUGUCAUGAUUUCUCCCUCCUUCCGCUGAGCUGAUGUUGCAUAUUCCAGCUGCUCUUUGUGGGGUUUUGUGAAGCAGUGUGUGAAGUCUCUACCUCAUUGUAGUAUAUGCAGGCAAGACUGCACUCUCCUACAGAUGCGUGGAGUAAGCUGUGAUGUAGUUCUUGGCACAUAAUAAAACACGUUGCAGCAGA